AGAAAGGAGUAGUGUGUAAUUCAUCAGAGUCUGAGACGGUAAAAGCCUACGAGUCCAGUGAAGAGAGUUGGAAUCACGCUAAUUGAAGGCAAACGAUGUCCGCUCCCGACCAAGCCGCGGCGGCGGUGCUUUCUCAGGUAGCACUGGCGGCGGACGGCACCGUUCUCGGCCUAGCCCUAGCCUUCAUUGCCGUGCGGAGCGUACUCAAGUUCAAGGCUACAAACUCCGCUCUACACAAAAUCAAAGAAGCUCCUUCCGUCCGCGUUUCCGAUCUCCGUUCCGUCGUCUCUGAACACGGCGACUCCAACCAAUCCGACGAAGGCAAGCUCGUGAUCGUCCGCGGCACCGUCGAAGCGAAGUCCGCCGUAGAAGGCGAUUGGAAGAGCCUACGGAAUGACGUCCUCGUUGCUCACGACUCCGGCGAGAAAGCUGUCAUUGUGCAGCGAACUCAAACGUGUAUAUAUAAUGAGUGGAAAGGUUUCAUGGGAUGGACCAGUGAUCUACGUUCUCUAUUUCCAAGAUCAUGGAGAGAGCAAGAGUCAUCCUCCAAAAGAAUGGUCCCAUUUGUUAUUGUUGAAGCUGGAAGGUGGCCACGAUCUGAAUAUGUUAAUGUGAACAUGGAUGGAUCAAGUCACCCCCUACCACUUGAAACAGUCUACCAUCACCUGCAGCCAGUUAACGCUACUUCAAUAACUUUCCUCCAGGCAAUUUUUGGUCAUCAGUACCCUGUUGGGCUGCUACACGAAGAAAAAAUCCUGCCACUAGGGAAGGAUAUCACUGCAGUUGGGAUUUGCAGCUCAAUUAGAGGGACUCCAGAGAUAAAGUCGUGCAAUUUUCUUCCUUAUUUCCUAUCGGAGAUGACCAAGGAUCAAAUGAUUGUAGAUCUUGCAUUUAAGACAAAAGUUUUGCUAUGGAGUGGGGUAGUAUUUGGUUCACUUGCAGUUGGUAUCCUUAGCUAUGCUGCUGUAAGGAACUGGAACAGAUGGAAAGAAUGGAGGCAUCAGAGGCAGACUCAACGACAAAAUGCUGCUGCUGCUAGUGAUGAAGCUGCUGCUCAGGAUGGUUCAGAUGAGGACAUCGCGAACAUUCCUGAUGGUCAGUUGUGCGUCAUUUGCCUAACAAGAAGACGGCGUUCUGCAUUCGUACCAUGUGGACAUCUAGUGUGUUGCCCACGCUGUGCCUUGUCAGUUGUACGCGAAUUAUCACCCCCGUGUCCUUUAUGUAGGCAGACCAUCCAUAGUGCAGUAAGGAUAUACGACUCUUGACUGUUAUGAAUGCUUUUCAUAAGUAAAGAAUUCAUGAUAAACUGUAUAGCUGGUUUGUUGCCCAAUUGGUUCUGAAAAUUAGCAUCAGGAUUCAGGAUAGAGGAUAGAUUGAGCCUCUGAGUCUUGUCACCAGGGAUUACUAAUUUGAAGCUAAUACAAAUUGCUUUUGUACA